AUGGAGACAUUUGAAGAGUAUACUGAAAAUGAUAUUAAAUGUGUCGCCAGCAAAUGCACAUCUGUGCGGUGAGUUUAAUAAAUAUUAUAGUUUUGUAAUAUAAUAAUAACGUGGCCUGCUACUAUUCUAGAGAAUUAUUCGUUUGUUCGAUAAUUAGGCAAAAUAAUUUGAUAAAACAAUAAAAUCCAAAUUACCUAUGUUUUUAUAUUUGAUAUAUUUUAUUUCAAUGCACGUAUAAAAAAAAAUUUAAUCUCGUUAUAAUUCGUUUUAUUUUUAGACAUUUUUAGUCAAAUUAAAAAUUAAGAAUUCGUUUCGAAAUUCUUUAUGCCUAAUUGACUUUGUUGUAAAGUUUGUGAGUUUUUUUCUGAAACUGAUUACAAAGAUAUUAAAUGUAUGUAUACACGACGUUACUUAAUAUUAAUCCAGUACUUAUUAUAUACUUACCUAUAAAACUAUUAUAGCGAUAAUAAUACUAACGAAAUUCGGAAUUGAUUACUCCUGUGAUCGAAAUAUUAUAAAUAUUUUAAUUUUCCAUAAUAUAGAAAUAUAGUAGACUCACCAAGACCAAAUAAUACAUUAUUUAAUCUUAUUAUUUUUGCGUGCUCGACAAAACUUCAAUGUUUGGAAAGAACGCAUUCAAUUAUUACACUAACGUGAAGAACUUUUUUUUUGUUGAUAUGUUCAUUUGAUAAAAAUAAAAUCAUAGUAAUAUUAUUAAUAAUACCUAAUAAUAUUGGAUUACAAUCACGAACUAAUACGAAAUAAUAAAUAAUAUGAAUUGGCAAUGAUAACGCAGGUAAUGGCGCAGUCGAGUUUGAUAACUGGAAUAAGACAUGAAGUGAGAAUACAAGAACCAUAACAAUUUUUUCGGUACUUUUCUGAACUGUAAAGGACAAUAAAGAAUGUAAAGGAAAGAUCUAUAAAAUAUAUACUGUGUGAAAUUAUUUAUUAAUUUGUAUUUAAUAUCUGUAUUCCCUCCCCCACAAUAACUCUGUUUCAGAACUUUAAAAUAACAAUAGUAUUAAUAAUGAUGUCAAGAAGUAUAUCCAAGAUGUCUCUCCAAUCUUCCCCUGCUCUGAAAUUUUAGCAAUUAGGCAUUCUGUCAUCUUCAAACUUUUUUUAUUGUAGCUCUCAUACAAUUUUUUCAAGUUUUUAUUCAUAUCUAAUAUGUAGUUUAACGACAUCCACGUAAUAUGUAAAUUCUAGUUACUAACUUUACUAUUUUAGGAAAUUAUCGUAUUAAUUUGGAACAAGUUUGAUUUUUAGGCUAAUAUUUUCUAGUUCAUUAGUGAAACUAUUACAAUUCACUUUCUUAAUGACAUAGUGUCUUCGAAAGGGGACCUACUCAUAUUUAAUUUAAAUAAAUUAUUUUUAAAGAUGGUCAAAACCACGAGUUGUGCGAAAAUUAUUGUUUGCAUCCAAAGAUGUAUUAUUAAUACAUAUAGGAAAAACUUUAGUUUUCCACAACGUGAGAACGAAAGAAGACGUUUUGGUAGUGGUGGGAGAUGAUUCCACUCCAUCAGAAGUCAGUUUGCCUUUGGAUAGCGUUGGUUUCGUUUCUUGUGGUCCGGAUAAUAUACUGGCGUUGGCUGAACAUCCACCGUUGGCCAAGGUGGUCAUAUGUAAAUACCCCGAUUUAGAAGUCUCAGCAACUCUUGUUGGUAAGUGCUAAAAAAACACCGCUAUUCGCUGUACUUAAUUUAGGAUAUUCUUGUCGUAUUUGGUCUUAUUUUUUAUAUUUUAUUAAAAUAUGAAUAAAUGUAGAAAUUGUAUACAUACAUAAUUUUUCAACGCUGAAUAGUUUAAAUUAUCUCUUUUUUUGUAUUAAACAUGGUCAAUGAACUAUGGGGAGGGUCAUUCCUUAGCUGCCUGCCCCCACUCAAUUAGGUACGCCAUUGUCAAUGACAUAAAUUACUAUUUUCCACUGGUUUCAGUUUUAACCUAUAUUAGACAAUUUUAAACAUAAACACAAUUUUUUUCAAUUUCGAUUGAUAAUUUACAACUUCAUGAGUAUAAAUGUGUUAUAAAUUAAAAACAAAUAAACAUUUAGUUGAUUUUUCCAAUAUUCCAACUAGACAAAAUUUACUAUCGAAAAUCAAUACAUGUUUUGCUAAACGAUUCGAAUCUAAAAAUGUCCAGACUGUACCGCAGCUCAUGUGUCACUUGGGUUUUCUUUUGUCCGUCGCUGCUUUUGGCAUUAUAAAGUUAAAACAAAUCAAAAUACCCACCUAACUAAAAUAAUAAUGUUACGAAAUAGUAAAUACCUAGUAUUUUAAUAUUGUAUGGUUGAUGAAGAAAAGCUUAUAGAAAUACGAAAUAUUACAAAUGUCAUAUAUCGGUAUCAGAUUCAAUUUUAAAAAUUUGCCAAUAGGUUCAUAUCAAAAUUUCUUCAAUGCAAUUCUAUAAGAAUGUAGAUUGGUAUAUCGUGCAAUAUAGCAUACAUUUAUUGUGAUUCCGCUAUCAAUAAAUACAAAUUUAUAUCCGAGUUCUUUAUCCUGUAAAGUAUUUUAAUUAUCAAACAAUUUAUUUUUAAGUAAUAAAAAAUAAUAUUUAAUUUUGAAUAUUUCGGACCAUUCGGGCAUUUUCCCGGUUGCCCGACAGACUAUUUCGCUGCUGCACAACUACUUAACAGUUUUAAACACAAUAAUUUAUUAGUUUAAUUAGAAAAUUCUUAAUUGUUACCGAUCGCGAUCGUUGUCCAUCAAUAACAAAUCAUCUAUUAUUAGAUGAUAUAAUAAUAUUUUAAUAUAUUAUUAUGAUACAAAACAGUGAUAAUUUAUGACUGAAAAUAUUUAUGUUGGUAUUAAAAAUAGUUAUUUUAAACAUUUGUAAAAUAUUGAAGAAAUUUCGGAUGUGGGGGGGGGUCUGGACACCUUGAACCUCCUCUCAGAUAUGGCCUUGAUUAUUGGUAUCAUGAUAGCUGGAAUAUUGGCUAGUUGUAUAAUUUUUUAAAUAAACCUUUAUACAAUACUAUAUAAGUAACUUUUAAAUUUGUUAUUAAAUAUAUACAUACAUUAUUAAACUUAAACUAAAUUGUAUAAUUUGAUGUAUUUGACAGACAGUAUAACUUUUUUAUUAGUGCCUUCAUCAAGUCUAAAUGAGUAGUAAAGAUGUUUGGGUAUGUCAUAUUUUUGCCUGGCUUUAUGUGUGCCCAUUAAUAGUAUUGUGUGACUAAAUAAUAUGUAUUAAUAUUUUCGAUAUUUCAACAUAUAAUUGGUCUUUCAUGCCUCUUUUGCUUCUUUGUAUUUAUCUCAACCAUUUGGGGAUGUCCGUCAGGUUGGCACAUUAUGCUAAGAUUUUACAACUAUAUAAUAUCGAUAUUUCUCUAGAAAUUGGCUAGAUUUUGCUAGGUCUUCUAUCGCCUUCCAAGUCAAAUUUUAUUUGAUUUACAAUCAGUUUAUCAUUAAUUUCAUAACUUUUUAUUUUUAUUUGUCUUGCUAAAGACAAAGCAUAUCACGAUAUUUAUAUUUUUUAUUUUAUUUGAAAUCUAUAGUUUUAUAAUAUUUUUAUCAUUUUGUCUCCGAUGCUUGUUCAUACAUUGUUUUAAAAUAAUAUAUUAAUAUUAACGGUAGAUCAUAAAUACACACACUAAUUUCACAAUUUAUCGAAAUAAUUUAAAACCUCCUCCGGAGACAAUAGGGAUCCAAGCAAAAUCCAUAAAUGCUCUAGCAAAAUCUGGCAAAUUUAUCUGAAUAUUUUGGCAUAUUUUUUAAUGGGAUCGGACAACGUGCCGGUGCUAAGGUCAUAUUUGAAACCUUCCCCGAAGGUGACAGAGAACCUAGCAAAAUCCAAAAAUGCCUUAUCAAAAUCUACCAAAUUUCUAGCAAUUUAUUGAUACUUGUUGUAUAGUCCUAAUAUAAUGUAUGGGUGCCAACUUAAUGAACAUUAUUUGUCCUUUCAUACCUAUAUAAAAUGUAUUAAAAUAUUUAUAUCGCGUUGGAGUAAAUUAUUACAAUUCGUUUUAGAUAGCAGCAGUUCUACACCAUACAAGUCUAUAAAUUUACUGGGGUUUGAAUAUUUAAUUGGGUUGCGCGAUUACCCGGAGUUUGAUUUAAUUAUGUGGGCGUGGAGAGUUCAAGAAAAGUUAAUUGUCGUCAACACCGGGUUCAUUCAACCAAACCAAUCUUUGCACACGUAAAUAACACUAGCAGCUAUCAUCAGCCCAGACAUGGUGGUACAUUCGUACCCCAAAUUAUAUAAUGUUUGUGAUAUUUUUUUGUUUUGUCAGAUUAUUAUCAACCGGACGUGAAAUCUAUCUAAGUCAAACGGAACGUGACGUGAAAUGUAAACUCCAACUCUGGACGCUGUUUUUUAGCUGCAAGACGGUGUAUGCGAAGAAUAUGUUGGUUGGUUUGCAGGACGACUCGAAUGUCGGAUCGGGCUGUUGGACGUCCAGCGGUUGGUUCAUCUUCUGUGACUUGACAAGGAACGCAGUUUACCGUACACAACCUGGCGCACCAAAUCCCGAAAUGUGCAUAGAGUACACCGUAAACAAUUUCGAACAAACUCCGGCAUUGGUAUGUUCUAUAGGACACCAUAAACAAGGGUUUGUGCUCUACACGUACAACGAACUGAGGGUAAGUCGGGUAAUGUACACAUACAUUGUAGUAUUAUGAUAUAACCGAUUGGGUAUAUUCGUUUUCAUGUCACUCUAUGCAGUGGUUUAAGGACACUAAAGGCGUUUUUACAGAAAUGUGGAAAAUCGUUAUCAACUAUAAAUUACUAUGUAUAAUAUCCGGAGAAAACGAUGUUUACGGCUGGUCGGAAGAUGUGAUUUUAAUUUGUUUAUAUUGUAAUAUUUUGGAAAGAGGUCAAUCAAUUUUUUUUUUUGCAGGGUGUCCUGUUAGAACUGACAAAAAAAAAAGAAAACCUGUUAAAAGUGUACGGAAUAAGUAUCAAGUAUUUUACGUUUAUCAAGCCUACCGACGAAACGGUCGCAACUGUCAACGAAAAUAACAUUUUGCAACUGUGGGACGUAUCAACUGGAGAAUUUGUAAAUACUUUUACAAUAUUUUUUAUUGUAGUAAUAAAAAAAUAUUUGCCAUUUUGUCUCUACAUUUUACAGAAAAGUGAGGUGAAUUUAAGCGGAAUUGCAACACACAUUAGCAGCUAUCCAUUUGACAGCUACUUUGCAAUUUCAUUUAAAAAUGGAAAAGUGGAAAUUUUUAAAACUCUCAAGAAUAACGAAUUGAAGCGCAUUGCUAAAAUAGUAUUAUGUGAUGAAGAGAUAUCUUCAGUACAUUUUUUACUUGGGCCGAAAUGUAUAGCGGCCAGUUUUUCAAUUGGUCGAUUUUAUUAUAUUGAUGUAAGUUUAUGAUAAUCAGCUAAAAAAAAUUUGAAUUUUUAUGAUGGUUUUUUUUAACUAUUCAGUCAAAUGUAUUAAGUCUAUAAGCAUCUCAGUAAUCAGCGCAAUCAAUAUCACCUAAAAAUAUACAGACAUUCAGCAAUUAUUAAAAUAUUUUCUGAUCGUGUCCCUGACGUAGCGGAAAAAUUAUUAAUUUUGUUUUGCUUUGCUCAGAAUCUAAAACUGAAAUAAAAGCAUACAUAAUAGUAAUACCAAUAGAUCAUUUGCUCCACUUUGAGUUAAAAAUAUUAUUACUCUGAUAAAUUCUGAUGAAAACUAAUUAUGAAUUAAUAUGAUAAAUUUAUUAGAUUGUAUUGGGACAAAAAUGUUCAGUUAUAAGAGAACAUAAUUUGAAAAAGCAUGUUAUUGACAUUGAAAUAAUUGAGGAUAACAAAUCAUCGAUUCUAAUAGUUUUAUAUAAAAACGAACAAACUGAAGAAAUCGCAGGAAAUAAUUUUAUAUUAUUCGAUACAAAUUUCAAUGCAAUUUUCAAAUUAAAAAAUUCUGAAUUUUACUACUCUUCAAUAUCUAAAUGGUAUUCGUCCGGGGAACCCGAUGUAAUAAACAUAGCUUUUACUGUAUUGCUAUCAAAAUGUAUUCAUUUAAUGCAAAUAAAUAUUGUUCAGGUAAUAGUUGCGCUAAGUUUUAUAAUUUAUUCGUGAUCAUGACCUUUUUAUAAGUUUAAAAUAUGUUAUCUAUAAAGGCGAAAAUUUUAAAAUUGAAAGAUAUACCAUUGAAUCAUUUACUAAGGCAAGUUGAAGUAUCUGUUGGGAAAAAUCAUUUUGUUACAUUUAGCUACGAUGGUACAUUUAAUCUUUAUGAGUUCGAAGAUAAUGUCAAAUGGAAACAAAUUAUUUCAGUAAAUUGCAGUCGUUGGCAAACUGGAGGAUUGAAAGUUGUACAAGUAGAUAUUAACGGUCGUAAUAUAUUAACAUUGAGUGUUCGAGGAAACUUUAUGUGUACAGGAUUUAAGUAAAUUUUUCAAUGAUAAUUACAAAUCAAUUACGAAAUUAAUUUUUUUUUAUUCCAGUGAAACUUGUGAUCAUAACAGACAAUCGUAUGUCAUCGAUAAACCAAUAUUUUUAGAUGUUAUUAGGGAUACGGAAGGGAUUGGUUUCGAAGACGAUUCAGAAAGUAGGUAGAAUAUUAUAAUCUUAGACAGUUAUUAUAAUUAUUAGUUUUAUUAUUUUGUAGCGCAAAACCGAGUGACCUGGACGAUGAUUAAUGAAAAAAAUGAAUUGGAUGCAGAUAAUGUUUUAUACAGUCAACAGAAAAAUGAAAUAAUACGAGCAUUUAAUAACAUAAAAAAGGAGGUGGUAAAACGUAGUUGAAAUACAAAUAUUAUUUUAUUUUAUUUUUUGAAAUAUUUCUCAAAAUUUAAGUGUUAUUAAAUAUUUCCAUUUUAGCUUCUAAUAUUACUGAACACGAAUGUUAAUGGAUCUGAAGAUACUAGAAUAAAUAUAGAAGAAUUUGAUUUAAACGUUGAUUAUAGACAGGAAUUUAGAGAAAAAAGUAAAAUCAAACGUCAAAUUUACGAAGAAAAAAUCCUUGAUGAUAUAAACAAGUUCAAAAUUGAGACUGAAAAUAUUAUAAAAGAACAUUGGGAAUAUCUUUCUGUUAAACCAAUGGCUGUAUAUGUAUGUAUAACUAAAUCAAAAAAUUAAACUGGUAUUAAGAUGAAUAAACUACAUAUAAGUAUCUAAAUGUCGGUAUAAUAUAAAAUAAGUUAACCAGUCAACUAGAAUCUAUUGAAUUAUACCUGCCUAAAGAAUAUAAAUAUGGUCAAUGUCCAUUGUGUCCAUAUGUCCUAAUAGGUAGCUAAGAUUAAGAUUAAUUAUAGUAGGCGGCAGUAGCUAUAGAAAACUUUUAUAACUAGUUUUAAUACAAAUAAAUUUAAAAUAGUUUAUAAGAUUUAAGUUUUGAUAUAGUAUUUAAAAUGUACUUAUACCUAAGUAGAUUCUUCAGGUUUUCCUAAUCAAGCGGCAAAAUUAUUUUUAAUAUUGAUUAUUGCACACAUUUAAAUAUAAAUUUAUUUACUUUGUGAGUAUAUAACAUAUUUAAAAUUGAUAUUAAAAUAUAAAAAUAUUUAUAUGACAUUUCAUUUGUUACCUUUAUUGUAUACUAUAGAAGCAUAUUACUAUAUUACAAGCAAAAUUAUUGGUAUUGUAGUUUUAUUUACGUCCAUGUUAAUGCGAAAUAUACUAUAUAUUUAUAGCAACAACAAAUAACAAUUAUAAUUAAUUCAUACUUAGUACAAAAUAUAUGGUGUACCUAUUAAUAAAAAAAAAAAAGACAUUAGCUAUAGUUGGUACUUCAGUGACGUGCACAGCUUCUUCCUAUGGUAGAGGAUGAACUGUAUUUUGUUUUUUUGAUAGUCAUGUACAAAUAUACACUUAUCAGUACAUGCAUAGAUAUUUUAGAAGUUAGUAGUUAGAUACUAAUUAAAAUUUGAAUAUAUAUAGGACAAUCAGUACAUUAAACAAAUAUUAGGUAUUAAAGAAAAUAUAUAAUGCUUAUUUAAUUAUUUUACCAUACUAUGACAUAUUUAUUGUUGACAAAGCAUCACUAUUUUCUAAACUUCGCUCAGAAUCGUUUUAUCGUUAGCAAUGAUUUAUCGUUGCUUACAGGUAUACAUUAAACUAGGUAACUAUAACAAUGGCUGUAACCGACCGCAUUAUCCUAGGACAGCUUUUUUUAUACUAAUAUUUUAAACUUCUUCUUUAACCUAACUUUCCUACGUUUUUUCCCGAUUAUUAUGAAAACUAAUUAAAAAAUUAAAAAACGACCUGUUUCAUCAAAAACAACAUUAAUAGUUUAAUAAAAAAAGAUCUUUGUCGUUUUUCAAUUGGAGCCAUAUAUGAUCUAGAAAACGUGGUAGGUAAUUAUUUAAUAUAACGAAAUCGCGAAAAAAUCGUCUUUUCUUUCCCCGGUUAAUCAUUUUUAUUUUAAAUACCGUUUCGAAAAUCAAAAUAUACCUAUGUAUUUACCAAGUAGAUGAAUCUAACUUUCAUAAAAAAUGGUACACUUAUACGUAGGAACAAGUUUUCUUGUGUUCUUGUUGUUAAAAGUGAAGACAAUUUUCCACGUCUAGGUAAGCCCAAUAUAAGUAUUACCAAGUUUCAAGUCUCUACGUGUAUUUUAAUCGAAUUACAGCAAAAAACUCCCAAAAAUUAAAAUUUCUUAAAAGCUCAAAAGUGGCUGAAAAGAUUUGGUGAUUUCACCGUAAGAAAGUAAACUAAAUGGAAACAAAAAAAGUGUAACAAAAAUUAUUACACUUAAAAAAGUGUAAUAGUUAUUAAGAACCAUUAUUAUUUACAUAAUAUGAUAUGUAUUAUUAUAAAUAUUUAAGAAAAUUGUGGUAAUAGGGAGGAAGGGUAUAAUCGGUUGACGGCCCUUGAAAACCAUGAAAAUUUUUGUUUAAUUUAGAAUGUAUUCAUUUUCAGUGUUUAAAAAAAUUAUACAAAGUUGAUAACUACCCGAUCAGCAUACAAGAUCAAGGAGAUAACACUUUAGUAAAUCAAAUUAUAGAAAAGAGAAAACUAAUCGAAGAUGAAGAAAACCCAUCAACAUCAUCAAUUUAUCCAUCAGCUUCUACGUAAAAUUUUUAAAUAAAUAGUACGUAGACAUUUAAACAAAUAUCUAUACAUUUUUUUUUUAGAGACUGGAUGGAUGAUGAAACAGUUUUGACAGAGAGCGAUUAUAAACAAAAUAAACAUUAUUUAAUGGGAUCUAUUAGUUAUAAAUUAAUGAACAGUAAUAUUGAGAAUUUGAAUUUUCAAAAUAAUUAUUAUCAAUUAGAAAAAGCCGAAGAUGAAAUAAUCUUACUGAAAGUAAGUAAAAUAAUACAAAUUUUAUUUUGACAAAUUAUUGUAGUGAAUGAAACCAUUUUUUUUAAAGAAAAACUAGUUUUAACGGGCUCAAUAGCGGUUUUUCAAUAUAAUGUUAAAAUUGAAUACCAAACUAUUUUACAAAACUAGUUUUAUAAACUAAACCAAAACCUAUUGAAAUAUAUUUACAAACCAGUUUAAGAAACUAAACUUUAUCCAAGUUUUUUUAAGAAAAAUAAUUUUUCCGUCAAUAAAUUACCUUAACCGAAAUUUUUGAAAAUCGUACCUAAACCUAACCUUAUUUUUAAAAAUAUUAUACUUGCAUAAGUUUUAUAUUAGUAUUGACUAUUAAUAUUUAGCAAUUUUAACCAAUAUUGUUUAAAAUUAUCAUCAUUCUUUAUUCUAUUAAUAAAUAACUGUUAUUUUUUUUUUUUAAACCAAUUUAAAAUGAUUCUUAAUAAAUUAACCAGAAUUUUUAGAAUUUAAAAACUAGUUUUUUGAACCUUAACCAGAACCAAUAUUGUCAACACUUAUUUAUUAACUUAAACAAGACCGAAUUUUUUUUUAAAUUCGUUUUGAAAUUAAAACCAAAUUAAAUUGCUGCAAAUGCUAUUUGUUUUUACUUGUAUUAGUUCGUGAUCAACAGAUUAAAAGAGAAUUUUAAUGAAAUAUUCAACGAUUUGUUUGUUAAAAAACAAGUUCAACUGAAUAAUUUAAAAGAACAUAAUAACAGUUUACGUGAAAUCGAAAAUGAAUUCAGAUUGGCUUGCAAAGGUAUUAUGAACAAAUAGGUACUUUCACAAGUAAUUGUAUUUUAUAAUUAUAUAAUGUUUAGUGGAAUCCACUGAACUGUCAGUAGUAGAUUUCGAAUGGAAUCAAUAUGAACAAACUGAACAGCUUAUACAUACUAAAGACGAUGAAGUUUCUUUAAAAUCACACAAUGUUUUAUCAAAUAAACAAACGAUGUUGGGCGAAAAUUCAGCUAAAGACGAGCAUAAUGCACAAUCAUUAGCAAUUGAUAAUUUUAGGCGGGAGGCACUGAUCACUAUGAUGGAUGGUGUUUUGGAGAAAAGAUGGGAAGAUGAGUUGAAAAAAGAUGUGCCAAUAUCUGAAAACAUUGUGCGUGUAUAAAGAGUCCAUUAUGAUAAUAUCCUGAAAAUAAUAACGACUAUUGUUUUAAUUUUAAGUUGAAUAAAAAACCAGAAAAUUACACAGAGGAAGAUUUUAAAGAUCUAGAUGAGUAUGAUAAUUUAGUGGCGGCUAAAAAUAACGAGAGAUUGAAGUACAAAAAAAUUCUCGAAGAAAAAAAGGCAACCAUUAUUCAACAAAUCAAUAAAAGCAUAGAGGAAUUUGAUAAUGAUGUAUUCGAGAUAUAUAAAAUCAAGUUGAAAUAUAAUUCAGCAAUCAAUCAGGAGAAUUUAAAAAUUAAUAGAAUUUCGAAAAUGUUAAGCGAUAUCAGUUAUCGAAAGCAACAAAUUAAACUGCAUGAGUUCAGUACUUCUAAAAAUAUACUACAUAGUCAUUUAUUUCCGUAAAUGUAUAUAAUAUAUUGAAUGUUAAUAUUAUAUUUGUAGAAAAUCUAUUUCGGAAAUAGAACAAACUAUUGCGGAGACUAAUAAAAAUAUAACAAAUACCGAGACGAUCCAUGGUGGUUUAAUCAAUAGUAUAGAAUUAUUUAAGGAAAAAGAUAAUGAUCUUCAAACAAAUUUCAAAUCCGUAUUUCCUUCCAAACUUAUAUAUAAACAAGCACUAGAUGUUUACAAGUGAAACUCAUACAUAACAAAUAACCUACUAUUAUAUAUUUGUAUACCUUUUGCAUCUAAAUUUUUUUAUUUUUAGCCGAAGACCUAAAUUACAAGGGGAUAGAAAUUAUUCACUAUUACUUGGUUAUCAGUUUAUAAGCAAUAUAAUGGGUCCGGGUCAUGACGAAUCAAAUAUGAACUUAGAAUUUGUAAAAUACUUAGACACACUAAAAGUAUAUGAUGAUUUUAAGUAUGUGGAGGACAAUGAACUCAAUAUGGACAAGAUAACUUGGAAUAAAGUUUGUAAUUUAAGACGAAUUAAAAUUGAAUCUGAAUUUAAGAUUAGAACUUUUGAAAGAGAUGCGACAGAAAAAGCUAAUUUAUUAGACAAUUUAAUACAUGAUAAAGAAGACGAUGAAAUUUUGAUUCAAAAAUUGAAAUCAUCUAUUAUUACAUUAAAAAAUAAAGAUAAACACUAUGAAAAUGAUAGCCAGGUAAGAAAAGUAGGUUUUAGUAUGUGAACAAUUUUAACAUUCAUAAUUGGUUUUUGAACAAUUAUUUUUAGAUUCAAUUAGUACUAAAACAAGGGAAUGUCCAAGUCCAAACAACAGGGCACAUAAGCGAUUUCUAUAAAACUAAACUUUUACCCAAAAGUGAUAUCGAAGAAGUAAACGCUAAAAUUAAAGUAAAUAAGUUUGGCCUACAAUUUUUUCCUUUAUAUUUAUAAUAGUUGAUACAAACUUCUCUACACUUACUUUGCUAAAGCAUUCUACCGAAUCAGUCUUCUAUGCGUAUAUGGUUUUGGUGACCUUUUCCUGUCUCGGCUUAGUUUAUUUGUCAAUGACAGAAAAAUGGGUUAAGAUUCAUGAUGUUUCUUCCAAAAUCAUAGUUACUUCCUCUAGUCUCUCCCAAGGAGGUCAACUUUUCCCAGUAUUGUUUUCUAUAUUUGUCAAUAGUUCAAUUAUAUUGUAACAUUUAUUAUAACAUGCACACCUGUUAGCCUUUGCUGAUGACAUAGAAAUGUUAGUUCAUAUCAACUCUUUACUAGAUUGAAAUAGCAUCCAAGACGAUAUUAACUCUCUUGUGUCGUGGGCUGAAAACCUAUCAUUGUCCUUUAAUAUUUCCAAAUAUUAUUCCAAGAUCCACCUUGAAUCAUAUUAAUUUCAAAUAAAGUAUUAAUGGUGUUCACCCAUCUCAUAUUAUGAUAAACGUAUAACUAAUUUAGGUUUUGCAUUUAGUCCCAAUUUACGUCCUAAUAUCCAUAUCCAAAUAGUAUCUGUUGUAAUGUCUUUAAGACCUUAGAAUCAAACAUGUUUUGGCGGAGUUCGGGUUAGCUGUUCCAUUAAAGACACUUUACAUUGGUUAGGCAAACCCUUUAGUAUGGUUCAGUAAACUGUAACCAUUAUACUGUGCAAGUAUUUCAAUCCUACUUGAGCGAGUACAACGGAAAUUUGUAUACUUUUCUAGUCGGACUUUAAAAAUUGAGUGUCCAUUCAGUUGACUAUUCACCUGUUUUUAAACACCUCAUAUUGAGUCGUUGACUGAUCGAAGACAUUUGGCUGACUUAAAUUCUCAACUAUAAUUUGGAACUGGGCUUAAAAACUCUCCAUAUUUACUUUCUAAAGUAAUUUUUAAUGUACCUCCUCGUCCAUCAUGUAAUUCUGUUUUAUUUUAUAUUCGUUCAUUCACAACAAAUUAUAAUCGAAAUGGGCCUCUCUAUCACUGUAUAUCCUUUGUUGACACAGACACUUUAUUCUCCUCAUUUGUGUAUGCAUGAUUAUGUUUGUGUUAGACUGUCAUUCUUAAGAAUAUUUUAUUAUAUUAUCACUAUUGAUGUUAACAUGUCAAACUGAGCCAAUGCAUGUUUAUAAUUAAAAUAAAUAAAUAAACUGUGUGUAGUGUUUCCAAAAGAUAUUAUAAGAAUAUUAUAUUGUAUAAGAGGUUACGGACCCGGUUACGAAUUUUCUUUUAUGGUCUAAUGUUAUAUUUUUAUAAUAUUUAAUAGUAGAAAACAAUCAGUACUUAAUAUAAUGAAUCCAAUAAACUGUAUACCUUUUAGGAAAUGGGCAAGAUUAAAAUUGACUUGUUAUCAAAAUUUUUGAAAUAUAAAAGUAAAUACCAACUCUUAGAGCCGGAACUGGAAAAUCUAAAAGAUAACAAAAUUAAAUUGUAUAAAUAUCGUUAUAAUUACAUAACAUCUAUGAAAAUGACCGAGAAUAUAUUACAUUAUCUGAAGUUUAAGCAAAAAGGCAUAAACAUUGCUAAACAAGCUGAACAAAAUGCAGACAAAGGCUUAGCAGGGAUACAAAUUGUAAGACAUAUUUUUAUAUAUAAUAUUAUGCUUUCAAUAAAUUAUUUAAAUAAGAAUAACAAUAAUUUUUUUUUUUUUUUUUUUUUUUUUUUUUUAAUUUAAGCAUUAUGCAAAAGAAAAAGUACAGCUAAAUCAAUGUAUUGACGAACUUUCCAACAAGAUAAAAAAAAUUAAACAAGAAAACGAAAAAAUUGAAAAAAAUAUAGAUUUAACAAAUCUCAAAUUAUCGGAACUAAAGAAUUCCAUUGACAUAAGUUUAACUAAUAAACUGAAAUUAAUCACGGAUACAAGGUGAAUAUAAUAUUUUAUUUUUAAAUGUACCGAAAUUUAGUUGAUAUAUUUUUGAAUAUCCCAUUAGAUGAUUCAUGAAUAUAAUAUGUGUACUAUUUGUACAUUCAAUAUUUAUACUUACAUCAAAAAUAUAUUAUUCCAUUUCGUUUUAGGUUGAAAAAUGUUAUGCGACGUACUAAAAUUAUGUCGAAGAUAAUGAAUCUCUAUAAAGAAGUUUACGUAUUAGAGACCGAAUUGGAAUUAUUACUCUUGAAAAGAUAUCCUACUCUAUUCUAA